AAUUAAGGAUAUUUGCUUUAUAAAUCUUUCUAAACCUGAACUCUCCGAACAAAAAAAUAAUCAAGUCUCUUUUCUGCCUAUGGAAGAUUUAGGAGAAUCUUCUUUGUAUACUGUUCCUUCAAAAAUUAGAAAAAUUGAAGAAGUUUAUAAGAAGGGUUACACUUACUUUCAAGAAAAUGAUUUGUUGUUGGCUAAACUUGGAGUGUGCUUUGAAAAUAACAAAAUGAGUAUCGCUAAAAACUUAGUAAAUGGUGUUGGUUUUGGUUCGACUGAAUUUAUUGUUUUACGAGCCAAAGAGGGAAUUUUGAUAGAAUGA